AUGGGCUGCUGCGCUUCCGGAGUGCAGCAGCCAGGCAACCCCGCUCAGCGCGCGAAGGCAGAUGCUCGUGUCGGCAGACCUCCUGGUGCUUCGGGGCAGUUUCUGCGCAUGCUUAGCAUCAAUGAUGUAUACAUCCUGGAUAAUUAUGCAAAUUUGGCCUCGGCAGUCCUGACACACCGAAAGAUGGGUGAGUCUCUGGGAUGCGUCGUGACGUCGCACUUGAACGGGGACUUUCUGUCCCCUUGCCUCCAGACUGCCCUGGAUGGUGGAACUGCUAUGAUGCAGGGCUUGAACUAUGGAAAGUUGGAUUAUGCGUGCCUGGGAAACCACGAGUUUGACAUGGACAAAAGGCAGCUUGAGACGCGGCUGCCGCUUUUCAAAGGCAAGCUGGUGAACACAAACGGCGAGGACGCCGAAUUACGCAGCUUACCUAAGUACGACAUCCUCGAGGUUGGAAGCCGAAAAGUUCUCAUGGCCGGCCUCUGCACCGGAGAUAAGUCGAUCUACGCUGAAAAAGGCUGUCCGACAAUGCUCCCAUUCCUGGACUCUUGCCUGACGGCGUGGAAGUCGGCCGCCGGGGAGAAGCCCGACAUCCUCGUGCCCAUGACCCACCAGCUCAUCGAGGAAGAUCGCUCUUUCGCCUUGGAGAUACAGAAGGACCCCACCUUGAAAGGGAAGGUGCCUGUGAUCUUGGGCGGCCACGAGCACACUGUCUUCGAGGAGCGCGCGGGCGAUUCCUUGAUUGUCAAGACGGGCCAGGAUGGUGCAAGCAUAGCCAUCGUGGAUGUGUGGUGGACGGCUGAGGGCGAGGUUCGAAGUCGCCACGUCCUCGUUCCGGCCGCAGAGUUCACUCCAGAACCCGAGGCCGCCGCCUGGGCCAAGGAUCGGAAAGACUUCGUGGUGAAGGCCAUGCAGGCGACUAUCACCGAGCUUCCUUCCAAGAUGUCGACCAAGAUGGUGAGGUUCGAGCAGUCUGACCUGGCCGGGUUCCUCUUGGAGAAGCUGAAGCGAGGCCUGCAGCAGCACGGUGCGGAGGUGGCGGUCAUGAACGGCGGCGAUGUCCGUGGCAGAGCCGACUAUGAGGCGGGCCCCUUCUCCCUGGGCGAUCUCUACAAGGAGCUCGCCUUUGCGGAG